CCAGAGAAGAGGGACAAGUGUGUAUGUUGCUGAUCAUCAUGAAGAGUCCUGGAGCCGUGGUGCUGAUGCUGUGGCUGGGUCUGCUGCUGGUGGCUGCAGCAGAGGCUGAUGACGUCGACCAACUGGAGCUCAAGUACAUCAGAUCUCAAGUACAAGACUUUGAGACCCGACUGCGAACCAGCGAGAAACAGAUGAGAGACCUUCAGAGAAAAUGUGAUAAACUACAAGAAGAUAAUUCAGUUCUGAAGAAGGAGAGAGACCAGAGCAAAGUGUCUUUCUCUGCCUCGCUGAUGGCACAGGGGGAAAUAAGUGUCAGUCACACUACCAAUCUGGCAUUCAACCGUAUCAUUGUUAACAUUGGCAACGCCUACAACCCAAACACAGGGAUCUUCACAGCUCCGAUCAGAGGAGUGUACUUCUUUAUUGUGUUUGCAUUUGGUAAAGGAUCAAUGCCCACGGGAGCCUACCUGUACAAGAACGAGGAGAAAAUCGUAUAUGCUUAUGCUUAUGCCCCAAGUUCAGAUUACUGGCUGAAACCCUCUAAUGGAGCCUCUUUGCUGCUGGAGGUGGGGGAUGAGGUCUGCAUCAAGGUGUAUAGUGGUGAAUCCGUGUAUGAUAACUGGAACCACCACACCAGCUUCUCUGGACAUCUGCUCUUCCCCAUGUGAUGAGCUCCACGUGGUCUGUGGCCAGCUGUUGGGUUCUUCCCGAUAGGUGGACUCCCAUCCUCGGCCUGUGCUUGUGGCCUCACGUUUCGCUGCAGUGACGUGUAAUGUGGUGGAGGUCUGUGAUGGCUUGGUAUGACCUGUCCAUAAUGCAUCUGCUUUUGACUUGAUGUUUCAAGAAAACCUGAAUAAAAUCAUACUGCAUGACAACCAAACCAAGUUUCUGAGAACUG